AUGCUGCCCCGCCUCCGACCGCUCGUCCGCGCAAUCCCAAGACAACCUCCAGCGACCACCUAUUUCUGGAAGAGACAGUUCGCCAUGGCUCCCGUCCUCCCCUCCGACCGCCGCCCGAUCAUCAUCUCCGGCCCCUCGGGCGUCGGCAAGGGCACGCUCUACAAGCUCCUCUUCGAACGCCACCCGGACACCUUCGCGCUCUCCGUGAGCCACACGACCCGCGGCCCGCGGCCCGGCGAGACGGACGGCGCCGACUACCACUUCGUCACGCGCGAGGCCUUUGACGACCUCGUCGCCAAGGACGGCUUCGUCGAGCACGCCACCUUCGGCAGCAACUGCUACGGCACCUCAAAGGCCACCAUCGAGGAGCAGUCCGCCAAGGGCCGCAUCGUCGUGCUCGACAUCGAGAUGGAGGGUGUCAAGCAGAUCAAGAACUCGGGGAUACCCGCCCGCUACGUCUUCAUCGCGCCGCCGUCGGAAGAGGAGCUCGAGAAGCGCCUCCGCGGCCGCGGCACCGAGAAGGAGGAGAGCAUCCAGAAGCGCCUCAACCAGGCCAAGGUCGAGCUCGAGUACUCCAAGACGCCCGGCGUACAUGACACCAUCAUCGUCAACGACGACCUCGAGAAGGCUUACAAGAAGCUGGAGGACUUUGUCUAUGCCGCCUCUGCGUAG